AAUUUCCAGCAAGUGGAGUAAUAUUCUCCGCAAAGAAAUCCGGGACAGCUGGUCAAGAAGAAUACAGCUGGCCAAGAAGAUACUGAUGGGCAAGUCAGCUGGUCAAGAAGAGUAUCCGGACCCUGCUGUCCAAGAGGAAUAUCCGGAUACUGCAGUCCAAGAGGAAUAUCCUGGAUUCUGCUGGGCAGGAGAUGGUGCCCCGGCCAGCUGGAAAAUGAAGAUUAUUUAA